AUGUCAGAGUUGGAUUCUGGCUCAGUUGAAGAUGUAAGAAGUAUCGACUUGGAGCAGGCUGAUUUUUGUUCUGACGAUGGUGGUACUGACAAGAAAGUCAAGGUUGUGCAUGAAAAACCGAUUGACUUUACCAAAAUUGACACGAACCUGCUUCCAACUGUCAUUAUUGUUGGGCGUCCUAAUGUGGGGAAAUCAGCUUUAUACAAUCGGCUGAUUCGGAGGCGGGAAGCUCUUGUGUAUAACACACCAGCUGAUCAUGUUACUCGAGAUAUAAGAGAAGGCAUUGCAAAACUGGGUGAUUUGCGGUUUAGAGUGUUGGACUCAGCUGGCUUAGAAACAGAAGCAGCUUCAGGUUCUAUUCUUCAGAGGACAACUAGCAUGACUGCAAAUGUGCUAGCAAGAACUCAAUUUGCAGUAUUUUUGAUAGAUGUGAGAGCUGGAUUGCAUCCAUUGGAUAUGGAGGUUGGGAAGUGGUUACGCAAACAUGCACAAGGAAUCAAUCCUAUAAUUGCAAUGAAUAAAUCCGAAUCACUUUGUGAUGGUGUUGGCUCUAUUGCUGAUGCUGCUGAUGAAGCCCGCAUGCUAGGAUUUGGGGAUCCUAUCGCUAUUUCUGCUGAGACAGGACUGGGUAUGACAGCACUCCAUGAUGCUCUUCAGCCUUUGAUUGAGGAUUACAUGCUCCAAGUUUUAAACAAUAAUUGCGAUCAAAACAAUGGGUGUGCCACCAGUAAUGUUGAUGAUGUUGCUGGUGAAGUUGAUGAGUCCAAGUUACCAUUACAGUUAGCAAUCAUAGGACGACCAAAUGUUGGAAAGUCAACCUUGUUGAAUACUUUGUUACAAGAAGAACGUGUGCUGGUGGGUCCAGAGGUUGGUUUGACUAGAGAUUCUGUCAGAACUCAGUUCGAAUAUCAGGGAAGAACUAUAUAUCUGGUUGACACUGCAGGUUGGUUGCAAAGAACAGGUCUAGAGAAAGGACCAUCAUCAUUGAGUGUGAUGCAAUCAAGAAAGAAUUUGAUGAGGGCUCAUGUUGUUGCUUUGGUACUUGAUGCUGAAGAGAAGAUUGCAAAAUCCAGACGUAGUAUGACACAUGCUGAAGUAGUUAUAGCAAGAAGGGCAGUGGAAGAGGGCCGUGGCUUGGUCAUUAUUGUGAACAAGAUGGAUCUUCUAAAAGGGAAACGAAAUUCAAUGUUGUUUGACAAGGUCAUGGAAGCUGUUCCUUUAGAAAUUCAGACAGUUAUACCUCAGGUCACAGGAAUACCAGUCGUAUUCACUUCAGCAUUAGAGGGCAAGGGCCGGAUUGCUGUCAUGCGUCAGGUCAUUGAUACAUAUGAAAAAUGGUGCUUAAGGUUGUCCACAGCCCGGCUUAACCGUUGGUUGCGUAAGGUUAUGAGCAGGCAUUCCUGGAAAGAUCAGGCAGCGCAACCCACGAUCAAGUAUUUCACCCAAGUGAAGGCCCGUCCACCCACUUUUGUUGCCUUCACGAGUGGGAAGACACAGCUUUCAGAUACAGACAUCAGGUUCUUGACGAAGUCUUUAAAGGAAGAUUUCGACUUGGGGGGAUCCCAAUCCGAAUCAUGCAACGGUCUGUUCCUAGAAAGGCUGGCGGUAGCGGUAGCGGUAGCAAAAGCACCCCUUCUGCAGGCAGGAUGGCUGAAAGGAUCUUGUCUGACAAAAGAACUGCCUAUGCUUAAUAUGGAACAGUCCUAG